GUUAACAAGAAAUUUGUGUAGUGGUUGAAAAACAAGUUUUAAUGACUCCAACCUAAGUGUAUGUAAUCUUCUGACUUCAACUGUAUGUCUGCACAACAGAGAAUUCUUAAUAGUUUUUACAAUAAUGGACACGUCUCAGUUGGGGGCUGUAAAAAAAAAAUAGGAUCAAAAUAUAAUGGGGUUGGAUCUUGAUUUACAGCAAUAACUGAGAAGAGAAGUCAUACAGGAAACACUACCCUUUAAGGAAUGUAAUGAAACGUCAUGGAACCUGUUAGAGGGUGCAGCCAAGGUGUGAAGAAAAUGUGAAAAGUACAGUAGAUGACGUAGAUCAGUAGUUCAGUCAAUCUUUAAGACACUGUAUAAGACACCAGUUCCUGGACUGCUACCGAUUCAUUGAAGGACUUACUUGAAUUUGAUACUGGUUAAAUACAGUGAACUCUGUCAUGAGCUGGAAAUCCUGGGUCACUCAAAUAUGUUUUGUUUCUCUCCUCAUCAUCAAGGCAUCCUAUUCUGGUAAGACACUUCCAUGGUACACCUUAUUUUACGGUCAAUCGUGACUAACUACUUUAAUGUAAUGAGUAAUGUAUCUAAUAGAAAGGGUCACUGUAAUCAUGCCAUCUCUUAGAUGGGGUAGUAAGAUUGUCUGUGUCCCUCUGUCUAUAGUUGAAUUUGAGAUCAGUGUUCCUCGUGAGCCUCAACUUGCCAUCGUGGGGCAGUAUGUGGUCCUAGACUGCAGCUUCCCUGUGGGAAAGGCCUGGGACCUGGACAACAGUGUGAUAACAUGGCAGAGAGGCCUGGAGGUGAUACACAGUUUCUACCACGGACAGGACCAACUGGACAGACAGAGCAGUCACUAUACCAACAGAACCAGCCUGUACCACUCUGAGAUGAAGAGGGGUAAUGCCUCUCUCAGGCUGGACCGUACCAACCUGGGGGACAAAGGAGACUAUACCUGCUCCGUGAGCACACUGCUGGGCAGUAAGACGAAAACCUUUGCCCUGAAAUUAGCAGCAUACUACCCUGAGCCACACCUGAAGUUCACAGCAUCUCCAAGAGAUGUGGAGCUACUCUUGACCUCACAGGGAGGGUACCCGCGACCCUCAGUGCAUUGGCUGGAUGACAACGGUGAUGAUGUCACCAAUAACACAGUCACAAACAUCUCAGAGGACACACAGGGUCUAUACACUGUGUUCAGUACAUUAAAUCUACAGGGACAAUUCAACGAGACCAUCACCUUCGUCUUAAAGAACAAGGCCCUGGGACAGGAGAUCAGGAGAGAGAUCACACUUCACUCAGCAAAUGAGAGGUCGUCAGUGGAAAAAGGCAGAAUUUCUGGAGACAACAAGAAGAGAUGGACAAUUCUUGUUCCUAUAGUGACAUUUGUACUGCUGUUGUUUGUACUAUUAAUGCCAGCACUGAGAAAUUACGUGCCAUGGCCAUCGGAGAAACCAUCACCUGUCUAGAAAACACCAUCAGGCUCAUAAGUCAUCACAAACGCCUUUUAAUGUACUUUACAACGGAGAAGAAGACAAGACAUUUAGGAAUAUAUAAUGAAUGGAUCUAUGGCGUCAACAUGAUUCUUGCCAGUGUUUGCAAUACAGCCCGUAGUAUCUUUCCAAGGAGUUACUGCCAUAGUACAUUAUAGUUCACCAUGUAAAUGUGGGUGCUACUUAGUUUCUUCUCAAACACAGAAAUGGUUGCCAAUGUAUUUAUUCAGAGAAAGAGACAAAAAGUGGAAUAAUACAUAUUUAUUUAAAUGUA